CGUCACGGUUUGUUGCUGGGCACCUGCAGCAGAAGAAGAAGAAGAAAAAAUAUAAGUUAGACUUCGCUUUGUUAGACUUCGUGAUACAAUCUAUUUCUGCAUUUGUGAACAGGUGACAGAGAUGGCCGCCUCCAAGUGUAAAGGUUUCCCCAGGAAGAAGCGCAGCUCAGAGCUUGAUGUGGUUGUGAGCAGCCUGAGGAAGGAGAACGCCUUUCUGAAGAAGAGCCUGGUCGGGUUAUCUCGUCAGCAUUGCGAUCAUUACAAGCUAGUGGAGAGAUUACUGAAUCUUGACACUGCAAAGCUGGAUAAUUCUCAGCAGCUGACGGACAAAGACGAGAAGACUGCCUUGCCAUCAGAGCUGAGUAAGAGAGAAGAUAACCUGACAGACGCAGACUUCAAGUCAGAUGAAGAGGCCUCCAACACCAGAGUAACAGAGCUCCAGAAUCAGCUCAGAGAUGCCUUGGAGUGGAACAAGCAGUGGCUGGAUUAUGACCAGCACAGAGUUGCCUAUGUGAGGGCCAUUAUGGGCAAAAUGUUAUGGCUGGAGAAGCAGCUGAAUGAAGCCAAUCUGUCUUGCUCAAAGAAGCACAAUGAAGACCAUUCAGAUGAUCAGAAGCGAAUAGGCCAGAUGCAGGAGUACUAUGAAAGACUCUUACAAAAAGCCAAAGAUGAGCUGGAGGUGCUCAGAGAGCAGGUCAACAUCACCCAACAGAACCUGACAACAACCCAAAACUGGUGCAAGGAAAGGGAAAUAGAGUUGGAGGAGCUCAAGCAGCAGCUGCAUGCUACAGAAUUGAGUGGACAAAGUUCACCAGAAGAUCAAGAAGAGGAUGAAGUAAAACAACUGGCAGAUAAGAACAAAGACCUCAGGAACAGGCUGGAUGAAGAGAAGCGCAGGUCAACUAACUCUGAGCUGCAGGUGAAUCUCCUCCAGAAGUUUGUGUUAAAUCAUCAAAGUGCAGACCAGGAAAAGAUUGCAGAUCUGGAGCGUCAGAUCCAGAUUUCUACACAAGACCUUGAGGAUGAGAGACAGGAUUGUUCACAUUUAAAGAAGCAACUGGUCAAAGUCCUGAAGUUGCUGAAGAAGACUGAACGCCAAGAGCCAAAAACGACAGAGCUCUGCAGAGACUACGUGACAGCCUCCGCUAGCACAGACUUGCUGAAUGAAAGCUCCCUGGAGUGUCCCUGCUGCAAGGCCGACUAUCCUGUCAGUCACUACCAAGAACUGAUGAAGCACAUAGAAGUAUGUUUCGAGUGAGCUGCGCCUCAAACCUCUGCAAGUUCUGCAUGUUCUUCUAUGAUGAUAUUGAUAUUGAUGUUUGAGCCAUACUGUUCAAGUAGAAGUAGAAGUUCAAGUUAAUAAACUACUGUGUUCAGUUGAAGAGGGUGUGAUUUUUGCU